UUUGGAUGUAACACACCAGACGCUUCCCCUGAAACAAGCGAACUCAUUCAAGGGUUUGUGGUUGGAGGUCCUGAGUUAAACGUUUAAAGAUGUUCUUGACACGAUCGGAGUAUGACAGAGGUGUGAACACAUUCUCUCCUGAAGGAAGAUUGUUUCAGGUUGAAUAUGCCAUUGAGGCUAUCAAAUUGGGCUCCACAGCCAUUGGUAUCCAGACAUCAGAGGGGGUGUGUCUGGCUGUGGAGAAGAGGAUCACUUCUCCCCUGAUGGAGCCCAACAGCAUCGAGAAGAUUGUGGAGAUCGACAGUCACAUUGGUUGUGCAAUGAGUGGCUUGAUAGCUGAUGCCAAGACUCUAAUUGACAAAGCCAGAGUGGAAACACAGAACCACUGGUUCACUUACAAUGAGACCAUGACAGUGGAGAGUGUGACUCAGGCUGUGUCCAACCUCGCACUCCAGUUUGGAGAGGAGGAUGCAGACCCUGGUGCCAUGAGUCGACCAUUCGGUGUUGCACUUCUGUUUGGUGGAGUUGAUGAAAAAGGACCUCAGCUGUACCACAUGGACCCAUCAGGAACCUUUGUGCAGUGUGAUGCUCGCGCCAUUGGCUCAGCGUCCGAGGGCGCACAGAGCUCUCUGCAAGAGGUCUACCACAAGUCCAUGACAUUAAAAGAUGCCAUCAAGUCAUCCCUCACCAUUCUGAAGCAGGUGAUGGAGGAGAAGCUCAACGCCACCAACAUUGAGCUGGCAACAGUAGAGCCCGGGAAGACCUUCCACAUGUACUCCAAAGAGGAGCUGGAGGAUGUUAUCAAGGAUAUCUAGAUCGGAAAAGACUUGGAGGUCUCGGUUUGAGCUCUGGGCAAGAGAGGAAAGGAAGUAAACCUGGGCUGAAUGUCACGGCACAACCACAACUUUCCAUCAACACAUUCUCCUUCUUGCUGCAUUCAGAUUUUUGGGAUUGCAGAAGAGGUUUUCUCUUUGUACAGUGCUUAUUUACUUCUUGUCUCUCAGUAUAUGUACAGCUCUGUACUGGAGUCUGACCAGCGCUUACAACUGAGCGGCAGAGAAAAGUAGGGGGGUGGGGUAUUUUUUGUUACGGAUCAGUACCACAAUUAAACUGUUGUAUUCAAUAAGA